CACGUGGCGCUGGGGCACUGGGCUGGAGUGGCGGCAGGGCAGGGCCUGGCCCAGCCACGAUGAGACUGCUGACUUCACCCUCUCCUCCCUACGAGACCCGGAAGGGAGGAAGGGGUGGGACCGAACGCUCCCUCCUCCUCUUCUCUCUCCUCCUCCUUCAGCAGCCACCAGGGACCCCGAGAUCUACCAGCUCAGGACCCCCCACAGCCAGGUCUGCACUGCGGCCCUCCAGCAUCUCUGCAGAAGGGGACCAGGCUGUGCGGGGAGGCCGUUGGCUCGGAACAUGUCUCCACCCAGCCCACCGUCUGUGGCUCCAGGCUUCAUCCGCCCACAUCCAUGGCUAACCCAGGCCCUUCACUCCGUGGCGCCUUUGGCAUUCUAGGUGCCUUGGGAAGGGCCAGGCUGACCUGCCUGGGACACAAGCUGGGGAGUCUGCGGCCCGGCAGCCGGGAGUCGAAGCUUCUGCACGCCAUGGUGCUCCUGGCUCUGGGCCAGGACACGGAGGCCAGGGUCUCUCUGGAGUCCUUGGAGGUGGACACAGUGGCCCAGCUGGUAGCCCGCCAGUGGGCAGACGUGGAGGAGGGCAUAGAGGGCCCUGAGGAGCCUCCAGACUUGUCCUGGACGGUGGCCCGCCUGUACCACCUGCUGGCGGAGGAGAACCUGUGUCCGGCCUCCGCAAGGGACAUGGCUUACCAGGUGGCCCUUCGUGACCUCGCCUCCAGGGGUGACCACCAGCUGGGUCAGCUCCAGGAUGAGGCCUGGGAUCGGUGCUGUUCAGACAUGAGGGGGGACCCCUGUGGCUUGCAGCCACUCUGUUCUCAUCAGGGCUCCCUGCCGCCACCUUCAGCACCCCCCACAGUGACCAGAAGCCAGCCUUGUCCUAUUGACACACCAGACUGGAGCGGGGGACAUACACUCCGCUCCACCGGCAGCACCGCCUCUCUGGCCAGCCACCUAGAGAUCAGCCAGUCACCCACACUUCCCUUUCUCUCUUCACACCAUGGAACCCCUGGGCCCAGCAAGCUAUGUGACACACCGCCGGACACUCGGGAGCCUCAGCGUGUCCCUGAGGGCUGCCAAGAACCUGAGGAGAGAAGCUGGCCUCCAUCAGUGGAGACCAGUAUCUCCUUGGGGCCACCCCACGAAAUUAGGGUCCCAGAGGUGGCUUCACCCAUCCUCCCCGACUCCCUGGCUGCUCCAGCCACGUGCGUCCACUGUCCCAUUGAGUGCACAGACUCGCCUACACGUUCCCCGUCUCCCCUGCCAUCCACCACAGGACGUGCUGGAAAGCAGUGGCCACCUCAGGUCCCUGCAGGACAUGAUCCUCUGCAGAACGCCACCUCGUCCAGCCCUCCUGCCCAGCCACCGCCCCUCCGAGCCGCCCCCUCCUCCCCGAGCAGCUGCCCUGCUCCUCCAGCCUCCGCAGCCCCUGUCGUGGGCCACCUAGAAGCAUCUGAUCAGAAGUUCUAUAACUUUGUGGUCCUCCAUGCCAGGGCUGAUGAGCAGGUGGCCCUCCGUAUUCGGGAGAAGCUGGAGACCCUUGGGGUACCUGACGGGGCCACCUUCUGUGAGGAAUUCCAGGUGCCUGGGCGUGGUGAGCUGCGCUGUCUCCAGGAUGCCAUCGACCACUCGGGGUUCACAAUCCUGCUCCUGACUGCCAGCUUUGAUUGUCACCUGAGCCUGCACCAGGUCAACCAUGCUCUCAUGAACAGCCUCACACAGUCUGGACGGCAGGACUGUGUGAUCCCCCUCCUCCCACUUGAGUGCUCCCAGGCCCAGCUAAGCCCAGAUACAACCAGACUGCUGCACAGCAUUGUGUGGCUGGAUGAACACUCCCCACUCUUUGCCAGAAAGGUGGCAAACACCUUCAAAACACAGAAGCUCUGGGCACAGCGGGCACGCUGGAAGAAGGAGCAGGAAGCCAGAACCCUCAAGGAGCAGAGCAUCCAGCUGGAGGGCGAGCGGCAAAAGGUGGCCGCCAUAUCUGCCGCCUACUCAGCCUAUGCCCAUAGCUACAGAGCCCUGCAAGCAGAGAUGAACAGACUUGGAGUGGCCUUUGGGAAGGACUUGUCACUGGGGGCCCCAACACCCUUCCCCAGCUGGCCGGGAUGUCCACAGCCAAUACCGUCCCAUCCUCAGGGCGGCACUCCAGUCUCCCCCUGUCCCCUGCAGCCUCCUGUCUCCCCCCCACUGCCCCAGUCCUUCCCAUCAGCCUCCUCUCCAGCCCCACACACCCCGGGUCCUCAGCCUCUCAUUAUCCACCACGCCCAGAUGGUUCAGCUGGGCGUCAACAACCACAUGUGGGGCCACACGGGGGCCCAGUCACCUGAUGGCAGGACUGAGUGCUCGGAGGAAGCCUGCGUGGACCCUCUGACUGACCAGGAGGGCCCCCUUCCUGAGGCUCCAGAGUGACCAGGUUGGACCCCACCUAGAUCGCUAGAGUGGCAAGACUGGACUUCACCUGGGUCCUUAAGUGCUAGUGGAGGAAGGGAACCCCACUGGGCGCCCAGCAGCCAGACGACUUAGCCCGGACCCCACAGUGGCCAUUAGUCGGACCCAGCCUGAGACCCCAGAGGCAGGAAAGGCCACGCCUGUCAAUCAGGGCCUGGGACACAUGCGGAACCCCCUCUGAACAGACUCUGUGGGACCCAGCCUGCGACCUGUGUGGACAGAGGACGAUGAAGCCACAGGCUCCUCUGAGGCCGUUCACAGGGUCUCUCUGGGGAGCAAGCGGGGCUGGGACACUUAGGGAGGGCCCUGUCUUCCUAAUAAAGUUAUUGACGGCUGA